AUGCAGGGCGCUUCGGGGGCCCUGCUGCCGGCAUUGGGAGAUGCGCUCUGGACUGUGGCCGCGGUGGCCGCUCCUCGCGAUCUCCAGCGGCUUGCGCAUGUCUCUCCUGCUGUGAACGUGCUGCUCUCUCCGGUGGCAGAAAGAACAGCGAGGAUCUCGGAGCUGACACGCUCCCUGAACUGCCUGCCUGUGCAGUUCGCCUUCCCCUUGGCCAGCUUGGGCCAAAAAUGGCUUGAGGAGGCCUUGGCGAGGUUCGGCACGUUGAAACUACUGCGCUGGCGCGAGAAGGCAGGUCAGCUCGCAGGCUGGGUCCCCACGGAGGAGGACCGCUGGCCCGCCUUGUCCAGGGAAGCCUUGUUGUGUGCCAUGGCGGCUGUGCGCGCAGCCAAGCCAGAAAACCGACUUCUCUUCGCGGCGGUCCUGAGACUUCAGCAACCGCUGGCGCCGCUGGCGGAGGAAGCGGAGGAGGGAGAGAGGUUGGAAAGGAGAGAGGAGAUUUGGACUGCACCCUUGGCUUUUGAGUGGGCCGAUGGCCCAGCUGCGGACCCUUUGCAGAUGGCUCUGCAGCUUGGCUUCCUCGAGGGCGAAGCGCGACUUAACCUCGAGAUGAUCUCAGGCGGGUGGUCGGAUUGGUCCGAGUGCUGGUCAACACAAGCUGGCACACUCGAAGCUGCCGUGACGGUGGUGGCUAUGCUUCCAAACGAGAGCCACCUCCUUCUGGAAUUUACUGGCAACGGCUCAAUGACGGCUGUUGGACCAACACCUGAUGCAAAGUCGCUCCGGCGACUUCUGGAAAGUGGUAUGCCAGCUGUCGUUUCUCUGGGUAUGCUCCGCUGGGGCAACGAUUGUCCGGCUUGGAGACCCAGGGAACUUCGCCGCAUUGAGAGGAAGCAAUCGGCCAUCGCACCAUCUGCUUUGAGCAGCCAAUCGCGUCAUGCCAUGAUGGACUGCAUCCCCGAGGACAGCCUGGCUGCAGGCUCCUGUCCUCGGGAGCCCCCGGCGCCAUCCGAGGGGGACGCGAGCUCCGAGUUCUCAUCGGCCGCUUCUUUGAGCCGCCAGUGCACUGAGUUCAGCGAUGCUGCAGCGCUGGAGCUCAUGUCGCGGCAGUUCACAGACUUUGCGACAAGGCAGGGCGACUUCUGGGUGCGGAAAUGCACGGAGCCCGUCGUCAGCCAGAGGCCGAAGACCCAGGACCCGAGACAAGGCCAGUUCGGGAGGCAGUCGUCAUGCCCAACUCCGAGUCGCCCUCAGAUGGCCUUUGAUGGCUUUGAGGGCCUGGGCUUGGCGAACCUCGACCAGACCAUCAAUGAGGAGUCGCAGGAGGAGAAGCAGGAGGACGAGAAGGACGACCUGAUAUCCAAAGCGAUCUGUGCAGCGGUGGCCGAGUGCGACUUCAGUGUCGCAAUCGCGGACCCUACUGGUCUGGACUUCGAGCUCAUCGCGGUCUCCGAGGAGUUUCACCGACUCACCGGCUAUUCACCAGAGGAGUCGGUCGGUGAGAAUUGCCGUUUCCUCAACUCUGGCUGUCCGAACGAUGCUGGGGCGGCGCUGCGCCUGGCUUGCGAGACCGGGGCGCCCUUCACCUCCAUCCUCGUCAACCGACGCAAAUCAGGUGAGUUCUUUCUCAACCUCCUCUCAAUGCGUGGCCUCGUCCUUGCGACUGAUAGUGCCACCGGUGAGGACAUUUGGAUCCUUGUCUCUGUGCAGCGCGACGUGUCGCUGCUACCCGCUGUGGACUUGCCGAGCAAUGACGCAUUCAUGCUCAAGGUAGCGAAUCGCAUUACUCGGCGACUGUACAAGUAUGCCACAGAGCUGGGCCGCCUGGCAUGCACAGACCGGCUACCCGUAGCGGCUACCCUGUUCAUGGCAUCUCAUGGUGUGGGAGCUGAGGUCGGGAGGCCACCCUCGCUGUUGGUCAGAUCGCAGAAGACGGAUACGGCCCAGACCAUGAUCCAGAUGCCAAAGGUGACAUGGCCGGAGGCUCUUGGGCAAGUGUCCGAGAUCCAGGCUGCGAAGCUCCGCGUGCGGGUGAUCAAUUACAACUCAGUGGUGAAAGCCUUCGCUUCCGACGCGCUCUGGCGGCAGGCCCUGUCCUUGGCGGUGCAGCUGCUUCAGAAGAGCAUUGGGUGGAGUGUGAUCACUUGCAACACUGCUGGCAACAGUUGUGGACGAGCGCAGCAAUGGCAUUUUGCAGCACUGGCCCUUUCGGGUCUGGCUCACAAGAGCCUGCAGCAGAGUAUAAGUUCUUGCAACACGGCCCUUCAAGUGCAAAGCUUGGGCAUGAAGUGGCAGCAGGCUGUCAACACGCUGGAAGGCCUUCUUCAGGGGGCCAUGGCUGCAGAGCCCCAGACUCUGAACACCGUGAUCCGUGCUUGCAGCACCAAGGGGGGUGAUGCUUGGGAGCUUGCGCUGAGUCUUCUCAGAAAGAGAGUCUCGCCCCUUCCCGAAGACUAUGCCGAUGUAUUUACGUACACCAACUGUUUGGCAUGUCUGAGGGGAGAGACCUGGGUGCACUCGGCCAGUCUUUUGCAUAAGAUGCGUGCUGCCUCAGUUCGAGGAAACCUGGUGUGCCAAGGGGCAGUCGUCACGUCGAUGGAGCAUGGGGGACACUGGCAGAGAGCCUUGCAAUUAAUCGAAAAGGCUAACCGCAUCGUCUUCAAUGCGGCCAUAAGUGCCUGUGCGAAAGCGGCGGAGUGGCAGCGCAGCUUGGACCUGCUUGUGGAAUUGAAUGCUCGGCGGCUACAGAAGGACGUGAUCACUUGCAAUGCAACCGUGGCAGCCUGCGUCCGAGGCAGGCAGUGGCAGCUUGCUUUGAGGCUUUUGCAAGCUGUUUGGCAGGAAGGGCUGCGUGCGAAUGCUGUGAGCUACACCUUGGCAGUGGGCGCUUGCAGCGGUGGCUCGCAGUGGGAGCAGGCAUUGGUCCAGCUGGCUGUAGGCCAAGCUGCAGUCGACGAUGAAGUCAUGCGCAUGGCGGGCAUCGAUGCAAAUUCUCGCGGCGAAGAGUGGCAGAAGGCUUUCUGCCUGCUGGGCCCCGGCGAUGCCGCGCUCGCGGCGGUGCUGCUACAGAAGAUCGAAGCCCACGGCUUCCAGUGCAACCUGAUCACCUGGAAUGCAGCGAUCACGGCCUGUGGGGACCAAUGGGAAGCCGCUCUUGAUUUUCUCAGCCGUCUUGAAAGAAGCGGGUGUCUAGCAAACGCGAUUACAUACGCAGAGACGGUGAGGCAGGGUCCGCUCGAUGCGCUUAAGUUCCUUCCAGCUGACUUUCUUUACCUGCGUGGUGCUCCGCUGGAGAGCGAAGAGCCUAAGGAUGGCGAUGGCGAGCUGGUGGAGCACCAGCCGGGGCCAAAUGUAUCCGGGAACUCGUCGCCGCACUGGCCAACGGUCCUUGCGGGCUCCUCCUUUGCGGCGCUCAUGCUGCUCCUACUUUGCCGACACAUGCGACGAAGUGUGCAUCGGUAA